AUGAGCGAGCAACAUUCUCACCUUCGGCUUCAAUAUAAUUCCCCUUCCUCGCAAUGGUCCGAGAGCCUCCCCGUGGGCAAUGGCCGUCUGGGGGCCGUCGUUCAUGGUCAGCCCGGGGCCGAGGUUCUCCAGCUCAAUGAGAAUUCGGUUUGGAGCGGUGGGCCUCAAGAGAGGACACCCCCAGACGCUCGCCGGAUGCUUCCUAAACUCCGAAGUCUCAUCAGAGCCGACAAACAUGCUGAAGCGGAGGCUCUUGCUAAACUUGCAUUUUACGCCAAUCCCAAAAGCCAGCGUCAUUACGAGCCCAUGGGGACGGCCUCGUUUGAGUUUGGCCACGAGCAGGUUUCCAACUACCACCGCCAUCUGGACCUCGCCACAGCGCAAGCAGUUGUCGAGUACGAGCACGGCGGCGCAUCUUAUCGCCGCGACAUGAUUGCCUCAUUCCCCGACAACGUUCUUCUCUGGCGGUUUACAGCGUCCCAAAAGACUCGCUUCAUCGUCCGCCUAGAUCGCAUCAAUGACGAUCCCAUAGAGACAAACACAUACGCCGACACCAUCAAGUCCGAGGGAUCACGCAUAGUCCUCCAUGCGACACCAAGGGGAGCUGGCGGUAACCGACUCUGCUCCGUCCUGCGAGCCGUCUGUGAUGAUGAGGAGGGCGCCAUUGAGGCCGUCGGCAGCUGCUUGGUGAUCAAUUCAGCAUCUUGUACCAUUGCGAUAGGAGCGCAGACUACCUUUCGCCAUCCCGACCCCGAACUUGUUGCAACCACCGACGUGGAUUGUGCGCUAAUGCGUACAUGGAGCGAGCUCGUGGUGAGACAUCGACGCGAUUAUGAAGGCUUAUUUGGCCGCAUGAGCCUUCGUAUGUGGCCUGACGCAUCUGAAAAGCCUACGGAUGCCCGUCUUGAAACUCGGCAAUCACGAGAUCCUGGUCUCGUGGCACUGUACCAUAACUAUGGACGAUAUCUACUCAUCUCGAGCAGCCGUGAUGGGCAUAGAGCUCUGCCCGCGACACUGCAGGGUAUUUGGAACCCCAGCUUCACGCCACCUUGGGGGUCCAAAUAUACCAUCAAUAUAAACCUGCAGAUGAACUACUGGCUCACAGCUCCGUGCAGUCUGGUGGAUGAAUGCACGCUCCCCGUCAUUGACCUGCUGGAGCGUAUGUCCAUACGCGGCCAAGAGACGGCAAAGGCAAUGUAUGGAUGCAGGGGCUGGUGUGCUCAUCACAACACUGAUAUCUGGGCCGACACUAGCCCGCAAGACCACUGGAUAUCUGCCACGGUGUGGCCACUGGGAGGCCUCUGGGUGUCAGUGACUGUGAUGGAUAUGUUGCGGUAUCAGUAUAGCGAGGAGCUGCACCGCCGCAUAUUUGCCUGCCACGAGGGCGCCGUGCAGUUCGUUAUCGACUUCUUGGUACCGUCGAGUGAUGGCUUAUAUCUCAUCGCCAAUCCCUCCAUAUCGCCUGAAAAUACCUUCUACUCAACAACGGGGGAGGUCGGCGUCUUCUGCGAGGGGUCCACCAUGGACAUGACAUUGAUCCGAGUGGCCCUGACGCAGUUCCUCUGGAGCCUGGAUCGGCUCGAGGGCUUACAAGAGCAUACCCUGAAGACGGUCGUCCAAGAUACUCUGGACAGGAUUCCUCCCAUCCUCGUCAAUGACGCAGGUCGCAUCCAGGAGUGGGGUCUCAACAACUAUGAAGAAGCCGAGCCUGGCCACCGCCAUGUCUCGCAUCUGUUUGGGCUGCACCCUGCCGAUCUCAUCAGCCCCAGCAAGACCCCAAAGCUAGUUGAGGCAGCCAAGGCAGUGCUGAAGCGACGCCUCGCUCAUGGCGGGGGCCACACAGGCUGGAGCCGUGCGUGGCUUCUAAAUCUCUAUGCCCGUCUACUGGAUGGCGAGGCAUGCGGGGAGAACAUGGACCUUCUUCUAUCACAGUCUACCCUUCCAAACCUGCUUGAUACCCAUCCGCCCUUCCAGAUCGAUGGAAACUUUGGUGCGUGCGCGGGUAUCCUUGAAUGCCUCAUGCAGUCAAUGGAAGUCAACAAGGAAGGGGUCGAUGUGGUUGAGGUUAGGCUGCUGCCGGCUUGUCCUCGCAGCUGGGAGAAGGGAGCACUCGAGCGGGUGCGGACAAAGCAGGGGUGGUUGGUGUCGUUCAGUUGGGAGAUGGGUCAGGUCAUGGAUCGUGUCAGACUUGUUCGUCCCGAUGUCGAGGUGCUUGAUGUACAUCUGCUUUUUCCUGAUGGGCAUAUCGUAGUUGAUGAGGAUAAAUGUCCCGGCGAACAUAUCAUUUGCAGGCCGUAG